AUGUCUUCAGCAUGCUUACCACUCUACUUGUUCCUUGGCUUGGUUGUUCUCACCGCUCCAGCUCUUGCUCAUUACUUCAAACCACCUAUUCCUAUUUACAAGCCUCCUCCUAUUUACAAGCUUCCUCCAUUUGAGAAGCCUCCUCCUAUUUGCGAGCCUUCUCCAUUUGAGAAGCCACCACCGGUGUAUAAGCAGCCUCCAUCGGAGUUCAAGCCUCCUCCACUUGAGAAGCCACCACCGAAGUUCACGCAUCCUCCAUUUGAGAAGCCACCACCGGUGUACAAGCAGCCUCCAUUUGAGAAGCCACCACCGGAGUUCAAGCCUCCUCCAAUUGAGAAGCCACCUCCGGUGAACAACCAGCCUCCACUUGAGAAGCCACCACCGGAGUUCAAGCCUCCUCCAAUUGAGAAGCCACCUCCGGUGUACAACCAGCCUCCACUUGAGAAGCCACCACCAGAGUUCAAGCCUCCUCCACUUGAGAAGCCACCACCGAAGUUCACGCCUCCUCCACUUGAGAAGCCACCACCAGUGUACAAGCAGCCUCCAUUUGAGAAGCCACCACCGGAGUUCAAGCCUCCUCCAAUUGAGAAGCAACCUCCGGUGUAUAACCAGCCUCCACUUGAGAAGCCACCACCGGAGUUCAAGCCUCCUUCAAUUGAGAAGCCACCUCCGGUGUACAACCAGCCUCCACUUGAGAAGCCACCACCGGAGUUCAAGCCUCCUCCGCUUGAGAAGCCACCACCGAAGUUCACGCCUUCUCCACUUGAGAAGCCACCUCGAGUAGUGAAGAAGCCUUUCCCUAAACACAAGCCACCAACCCCAUUUUACAAACCUCCGCCCCUUCCUAAGCACAAGUCACCACCACCUUAUGGACACUGCCCUCCGGUGGAGAACGUCGAAAUCCUGUUCUCACAUUCCAAAGCUCGGCUUCCACCCAUCCCACACCCCAGGCCGCACUAG